GCCAGCGGUAAGUACAGGUCCCAGCACAGGGGCGCGGAAGCCGGAGCGCGGCGGCGGUCAUGACGGAGGGCACGUGUCUGCGCCGAAGAGGGGGCCCCUAUAAGACAGAGCCGGCCACCGACCUCAGCCGCUGGCGACUCAGCAAUGAGAAGGGAAGGCAGACGUGGGCGUACUUCCCAGAAGAGAGCGCCGGCCGAGGGCAGACUGGGCUGGAAGCUCACCUCGUGGGACUGGACACCAGGAGUUACUUUAAGGAGUUGCCCAAAGCCCACACCGCCUGUGAGGGGGCUCUGAAUGGGAUGACAUUUUUUGCUGGGCUGCAGGCUGAGGAUGGGCACUGGGCAGGUGAUUACGGUGGCCCGCUCUUUCUCCUGCCAGGCCUCCUGAUCACGUGCUAUGUGGCGCGAAUUCCUCUGCCAGCCGGAUACAGGGAAGAGAUGGCACGGUACCUGCGGUCUGUGCAGCUCCCGGAUGGCGGCUGGGGCCUGCACAUUGAAGACAAGUCCACGGUGUUUGGGACUGCACUCAACUAUGUGUCUCUGAGAAUUCUGGGAUUUGGGCCUGACGAUCCUGACCUGGUGCGAGCCCGGAACAUUCUUCACCAGAAAGGUGGUGCUGUGUUCAUCCCCUCCUGGGGGAAGUUCUGGCUGGCUGUCUUGAACGUGUACAGCUGGGAAGGCCUCAACACCCUGUUUCCAGAAAUGUGGCUGUUUCCUGACUGGAUGCCUGUGCACCCCUCCAAGCUCUGGUGCCACUGCCGGCAGGUCUACCUGCCCAUGGCCUACUGCUAUGGCACCCGGCUGAGCGCCGAGGAGGACCCACUGGUCCAGAGCCUCCGCCAGGAGCUCUACGUGGAGGACUAUGGCUGCAUCAAUUGGCCGGCGCACAGGAACAGCGUGGCCCCCGACGAGCUGUACACACCGCACAGCAGGCUGCUCCACGUGCUAUAUGCAUUCCUAAACCUGUACGAGUGCCACCACAGUGCCAGCCUGCGGCAGCGGGCCAUCCAGAAGCUGUAUGAGCACAUUGUGGCCGACGACCGCUUCACCAAGUGCCUCAGCAUUGGCCCGAUCUCGAAAACCAUCAACAUGCUCGUGCGCUGGUAUGUGGACGGGCCGGUUUCCACUGCCUUCCAGGAGCACGUCUCCAGGAUUCCUGAUUACCUCUGGCUGGGCCUCGACGGCAUGAAAAUGCAGGGCACCAAUGGCUCCCAGGUCUGGGACACCGCGUUCGCCAUCCAGGCUCUGCUGGAGGCGGGUGCACAACACAGGCCUGAGUUUUCGUCCUGCCUGCAGAAGGCGCACGAGUACCUCCGGGUCUCCCAGGUCCCGCACAACUUCCCCGACUACCAGAAGUACUACCGCCAGAUGAGCAAGGGUGGCUUCAGCUUCAGCACGCUGGACUGUGGCUGGAUUGUCGCCGACUGCACCGCUGAGGCCUUGAAGUCCGUCCUUCUCCUGCAGGAGAAGUGUCCCUUUGUCACCCAGCACAUCCCACAAGAGCAGCUCUUCGACGCUGUCGCUGUGUUGCUGAGCAUGAGAAACCCUGAUGGGGGGUUUGCCACCUAUGAGACCAAGCGUGGGGGACACCUUCUGGAGCUCCUGAACCCCUCGGAGGUCUUCGGGGACAUCAUGAUUGACUACACGUACGUGGAGUGCACCUCGGCUGUGAUGCAGGCCCUGAAGCACUUCCACAAACAGUUCCCGGACCACAGGGCCCGGGAGGUCAGGGAGACCCUCGAGCGGGGCCUGGAGUACUGUCGGCAGAAGCAGAGGGCCGAUGGCUCCUGGGAGGGCUCCUGGGGGGUGUGCUUCACCUACGGCACCUGGUUUGGGCUGGAAGCCUUCGCCUGCAUGGGACAUGCAUACCACGAUGGGGUGGCCUGUGCUGAGGUCUCCCAGGCCUGCGACUUCCUGCUGGCCCGGCAGAUGGCAGACGGAGGCUGGGGGGAGGACUUCGAGUCCUGCGAGCAGCGGCGCUAUGUGCAGAGUGCCCAGUCCCAGAUCCACAACACGUGUUGGGCCCUGAUGGGGCUGAUGGCUGUCAGGCACCCUGACGCAGCGGCCCUGGAGAGAGGAGUCAGCUGUCUGCUUGGAAAACAGCUGCCCAAUGGCGACUGGCCCCAGGAGAACAUCGCUGGGGUCUUCAACAAGUCCUGCGCCAUCAGCUACACGAGCUACAGGAACGUCUUCCCCAUCUGGGCUCUUGGGCGCUUCUUCCGCCUGUACCCCGACAGCGCCCUCGCCGGCCACCCUUGAGAGCACAUCUGUGGGGCUUGGGGGGCUGGUCAGUUCUGGGCGAGGUUGGGGCAUCUCGGCUGGGCCGCGCCAGCCCCCUCACUGCCCACUUCAACAGGAGUCCUGAGACCUGCCUGUGGCGGGGACAGGGCAGCUGGCCUUAGACACUGCUUUUUUAGGUUUAUUUCUGAGAACAGCUGAGGGAGGGACGGGAUGAGCUGUGACCUUGGGUAAAGUGUGCAUCCUUGCUGUGGGCGCGACCGGGUGGGCUCUCUGGACCAAUGACUGAGUUCCCGGGAGAGGAGCAGCUAGGCGUCAUCCGUCUCCUGCCUCUUCUGAGUCUCCGGCUGAGGGAUGUGACCCCCCCCCCCCCAGACAGCCCUCUGGGGAGAGGCUGGGCGGCCCUGGUCACCGCGGCUGCUCAGAGGGGAGCCAGACCCUGCAGGCGGCCCUGCCCUGGCUCUCCAGCCCGCCCACACCUGCCAGCAUUGCCACAUCCAGAGGUCACAGUUGUCUGGUAAUGACAGAAAUGCACCCGGGAGGCCACACAUAGCAAAGGGGGACGGACAUCAGUGGUCUGAUGGUUACCCCAGGGGUCACCAUUGUGUGCUGGGGACAGCCCAUCACUCACCACCUGCUGCAGGCAGCCAAGCGGGCAUGUCACCUGGACCCAGGCCACUGCCCCAGGGCACCCUCGUGGCUGCCUCUGACCUCCUUUGUGCUCUGGCUGACGUGAGGGUCCAGUCUCCAGGGUGCUGCCUGUCAGGUAGUAAGCCUUCAAUUCCCCCCUGGCUUCUAGACCCUCUGGUUUGGCGCGUGUGGCCUUGGGACUUAGGAUGGAAAAUCCAUGUUCUGGAAUUGCCUCUGACCCACGAGGAUGAGUGGUUCACAUUCUCAGGGCUCGCGGGGUAUGGCUGUGAGGGGUCCACCAGGAGCUUCAAAGAGGGUCAGACCUAGGCCGAUGUUGCCCCAGGGCCCCCACCUGCUUCUCGUCCACCUGAGGGUCCCCACGUGGUCUGGCAGCCCUGGCUGUGCUCCCGUCUGACUGUCCUCUAUCAGGCAGCCGGAGAGACCUCUGGAUGCUGUUCUGCUCCGCCUUCCCUGCCCGGAACCCCCAGUGUCAGGCCAUCUCCGAGGCCGUGCACCAUGUGGCCUUAACUCCUGCAGCUCCCUGUCUCUGCCUGGGGCUCACCUGCUGCAGGGCCUUCACCUGAGCUGACCCGCCCCAGGGUGGCGCUCCUGCCUGCGCUGAGUCCUCAGGGCCUUGUCUUGGCUCCACUGGCUGCCACACCGUGUGGCACGUGGUGGGUGCUCAGCCAGCGCGAGCUGAAUGCCAGCUCUUCCCUGGCAUCUUCCUCUGGGGUCUGUUCUGCUGAAGGGCCUGUGCUGAGGGGCCUGUGCUGGGGCCCCUGUGAAACCUGGGGGGUUGCUCUUGCACUUCCUCUCUUGGCCCGUGGCCUCCCCAGCCCCCCGGGAACCAGCAGCGCAGACGGUGAGUUACCAGUCUGCUCCUUGCAGUGGCCGCUGCCCCUGGCUGGCUCCUAGCCGUGGGCAGAGCCCUGGAUGGAGCACAAAGCUUCCAGAAAAGAAAUGAAAAUCUCCUUUUAUACAGAAAAUGCUAUUGAAAGUCACUUACCUGACCGGCUACCUUGACAAGCGGACGUUGAGUCCCUUAGGCAGAAGCCCAUCCUGCUUGUGUUUUGUCUCCUCAUGGAAACGGUCACGGUCCCUCAGGCACCACACCGGACGCUGGCCCACUGUCCCUUAGUCUCAGGGAACAGGAGAAGCUGUUCAAAGAUGGGCAGUCGCACCUCCAGUUAUUUGAGGGGAAACUAUUUGCCUCGACCUGAUUAAAAAUCAAAAAUCUCUCUCCUGGGGUGAAUGAAGAUUCUUGAAUUCAAAUCAUUUCAUUUUUGGUUAUGGGGAGCGGGUUUUGAACGUGUGGGAAAUUCUCUCUGGAGCCAUGUUGGCUUUUCUGUGUUCACUGGGAUGUAAACUUGAGGUCUGAGCCUGUGUGGGUUCUUUCACUCACAGUGGAAACUUGCUUCAAGGAGAACACUUCCUUACUGAGUGUAACCAACAUUGUUACGUGAUUUGAUCUUAUUCAGGCAACAAAAGUGUUUAAAAAAAAAAUCAAUGCCGUCAA